AAAAUUUUAAUCAAAAAAAAAUCUCUCUAGCAUCCACCUCGAAUCCUCCAUGAACUCGCUCCAAUCCUUCCUCGCCGUCGCGCCCGUUGUCAAGCCGGCGGCCGCCGCGAUGCUCCCAUCGUCCCGGCGGGCGCGCGUCUCCGCUUGCCUUGCGACCCCGGUGCCGGCUCCAACGGCCGCGCGGACCGGGGAGCUGUCCGCGGCGAGCCGGGCCGUCGUGGAGGACGAGGCCAGGUACAUGGUGGGCACCUACAAGCGCGGCGCCCGCGUCGUCUUCGUGGCGGGGCGCGGCUGCAAGCUCUACGAUAUCGACGGGCGCGAGUACCUCGACAUGACCGCGGGUCUGGCCGUCAACUCCCUUGGCCAUUGCGACCCCGACCUGGUCGACGCCGGCAUUGACCAGUACAAGCGCCUCGUCCACGCUAGCAACGUCGGCUACACCGUCCCCCAGGUGGAGCUCGCUAAGCGGCUCGUGGAGGUCUCCUUCGCUGACCGCGCCUUCUUCGCCAACUCUGGUACCGAGGCCAACGAGGCGGCCAUCAAGUUCGCCAGGAAGUACCAGCAGGUCAUGUGCCCCGACGGUGAUGCGCCCACGGAAUUUGUGUGCUUCACCAACUGCUUCCACGGCCGGACCAUGGGCUCGCUCGCGCUGACCAGCAAGGUGCACUACCGGGAGCCCUUUGAACCGGUCAUGCCUGGCUCGACAUUCGUGGAGUACGGCAAUUUGGAGGAGGCCAAGAAGGUGAUUCAGUCGGGGAAGAUUGCGGCCGUGUUUGUCGAGCCCGUGCAAGGUGAUGGUGGGAUUCACACUGCCACAAAUGAGUUCUUGCAGGGGCUGCGGGAGGCUUGCGAUGAGGCUGGUGCUCUCCUUGUCUUUGAUGAGGUGCAAUGUGGUCUGGGGCGCACAGGGUACCUUUGGGCCUAUGAGAUUUUUGGAGUAGAGCCGGACAUGAUGUCCUUGGCGAAGCCACUGGCUAAUGGCCUUCCUAUUGGUAUAGUAUUGGUCAAGGAAAAUAUUUCUGCAGCCAUAGACUACGGAGACCAUGGUACCACAUUCGGUGGAAGCCCUGUUGUGUGCCGGGCUGCAUUAACCGUGCUGGACAAGAUCCAGAAACCUGGCUUCCUGGCAGCGGUGAGCAAGAAAGGAGAGAACUUCAGGCAGCUGCUCAAGACCAAGCUGAGCGGAAAUUCUCACGUCAAAGAGAUCCGGGGGAUUGGUCUCAUUGUUGGCAUUGAGUUCGACGUGCUGGCUGGUCCUUUAGUCGAUGCGUGCUUGGACGCUGGUGUCUUUUUGCUGACAGCCGGGAAAGGCAAUGUUGUUAGGCUUGUGCCGCCGCUUAUCAUCUCAGAAAAGGAGCUGGAGCAAGCCGCAGAGGUGAUAAGGGACUGUCUAUCUGCUCUUGAUUCCUGAAGCCCCUACCUCUUAGUGUAAGCGAAAAAUAUAAUGAGUUCUAGAUGUUGAAGUUCCUUUGGAAAAUUUGGAAGGAGACAAUGUCAUGCUUGGCUGUUGUGUCUCUUUCAAAAUUUGG